AUAGGCAUGUUGAAGAAGUAAGAAUUCCGGAGGAAGUACUUUGUCUGAAAGAUGGCUUCCAAAAGACUCAGACAAAUACUUUUUUGGACAACCAUACUAGUCUUUGCUGGGUUGUGUUUUUUGAUCAAGUGGACUUCAGUUGGAGUAUGCAACUUCUGUAGGACCAAAACUGAGGACAUGUUUUUAAAACAAGGCAGUGGACAUUUUUUGUUGGUACCUCAUUCAGACUGUAGCCAGAACCCUCCAUUUCUGGUCAUUCUAGUAACUUCCUCUCCUACUGAUUUAAAAGUUCGUGUAAUAAUCCGUGAGACCUGGGGCAAAAAAAAAUUAAUAGCAAAUAAAUUUAUUGUAACCCAUUUUCUUUUGGGAACUACCUUGAAUCUUGAAGAACAGGUUGCUGUGAUUAACGAGAGUUUGAAAUAUGGAGACAUCAUCCAGAAGAAUUUUAUAGAUACCUAUUAUAAUUUAACAUUAAAAACUAUGAUGGGCAUUGAAUGGAUUCACAAAUUCUGCUCAGAGUCUAGCUUUGUAAUGAAAGCAGACUCAGAUGUGUUUGUAAAUACCUACUAUCUGACUGAACUCCUUCAAAAAAAAAUCCAGAAUACCAGAUUCUUCACUGGCUUUUUGAAACAAAAUGAGCAUCCAAUACGGAAAAUAUCCAGUAAAUGGUAUGUGAGUAAACUUGAAUACCCAAGAAACAUAUACCCUCCUUUUUGUUCAGGGACUAGCUAUGUUUUCUCAACAGAUGUUGCUAGUCUGGUGUAUAGAAUUUCUGACAAUAUUCCUUUUAUUAAGCUGGAGGAUGUAUUCAUAGGCUUGUGCCUUGCUGAACUUGAUAUCAAACUGGAAAACCUCCAUUCCAAGCAAACUUUCUUCCCUGAAAGGCUUGAAUUUUCACCUUGUCGCUUUAGGAAAAUUGUGGCCAGCCAUUUUGUGAAACCUCAUGAGCUGAUGAUCUUUUGGAAUGCACUGGAGAGAUCCAUGGAUGAAAAAUGCCCUGAUGGCUGA